UGGGACUCUAAGGAGGAGCUUCACCUUGUUUACUUGCUAUCUCCAUGGCGGAUAACUCUCCGCUUGAUUUUUGUGAAGAAGAAGAUGCAUGCUUGCCUUCUAGAAAAGAUUAAUACAGAACGGGAACAGCAGCACUUGAAAGUAUUAUGCUAGAUGAUAAUUUGGUUGGGUUUUUUAGAUUUCGAUAGCUGUUAUUGCAAGGCCUACUGCAGAAGUCGAAGGGACGGUUUUCAAAACUAUCUGAAUUAUUAUAAUUCAUCUGAAAAACAACACAAAAUACACGGUUAAAAAGGGUUCAAAAAUGAGCGAUCAAUUGAAGUUUAUUGUAGACAACCUGAACAGCCCUCCCUUCAAUCGCAAUUACAACCUGAUCAGCUUUGAUUCACUGCCUGAUGUACAAUUACUACAAGUCCUCAAUGAUGUCUUUACAGAAAUCAACCCACAGCAAGCAUCAGAUAUUCGGCAAGAAGAUCCUGAGCAAAGAGUUGUCAGAAUGUUCAGUUUUCUUCGAAUGCUUAAAUACAAACCACCUUCAGAGGGUGGAAGCUUAACCAAAUUCCGCCAAGGUUUGGUCCAAGGUGAUAAACAUAUCAUUUAUCCAGUCCUUCAAUAUUUACUUGAAAAAUUACCAGAUCUAAAGAAGAGGGCUUAUGUUGCAAGAUACUUGGUCAAGCUGGAGGUUCCUGGAGAUAUAUUGGUUGAUGCAGAAGUCAAUGACGCCCAUGUGAUGUAUUUAGACUUAAUGGAGAAAUUCAAGGAAACACAUAAAGAGUCAGAGGAUAUCAAACAGUCUGGAUUAUCCGCAAGUGAGAUAAAGAAGGAUAUUCUAGCAAUGGAGGAAGAAAGAGAGCAGUUGUUAAAGAGAAUAGAAAGAGUCAAACGAAGAGUUGACAGCAUACCGAGCAAAGAUGGCUUGCUGCAGUCAGCUGCCCUUCUUAGAAAAGAAAGAGAAAGAGAAAAGAUUUUGGAUGAUCAGAAAGCUGCUCAAAGAAAUCAGUUGAACCACGCCCAGCAGAAGCUUCAGCGUUUGACCAUGCAGCUACAAGACAUUCGAACGGCUGGCAUGGGCAUCACAGCUGAAGGACUCGUGAAGAAAGUAGAAGAAGAAAACCAAGUCAACUCUUAUAUGUGCCAUGACAAAAUUCCUAAGGAAAUCGAAGCAAAGAAGAAAUACAUUGAAAAUUUACAAAAAGUUGCCAAUUCUCACGCAAUGACUACAUCUGACCUAGAUUCACUUACUUCUAAGAUAAAAGAUUUAUCGGCUGAAAUAAACAGUUUAGUUGAGAAGCGAAUGGUUCAAGGCGACCCAAUUGAUGAUAAACUCUCUGUGUUCAGACAACAGGCAGCGGUGAUAUCAAAUAAGAAGAGCUCGGCAGCUGAGAAAAUGCAAGAAGCUACAGAUGAGCUUCAUAACGCGGAGGAGGAGUUGAAAGAGAAAAAACAGCAAUUAAAAGAAACUGACGGUGUAGAAAUCCUGAAAGGAGAUGAUUUUAAAAGAUAUGUGAACAAGCUUCGAGGAAAAAGCACUGCUUAUAAGAAGAAGAGACAAGAGCUUGCCGAACUGCGUGCUGAAAACGGCGUGCUGUCCAGGACUGAAGAUGUAUUGAAGGGAAAAGACCAACACACGCAGGCAUUGCUGUCAUCAAUCGAAGGAAAGCAUGGUGUGAGUGGGUUCCAUGAGACUCAGGAGGAGCUGGAGAAAAUCUCUACCCUGAAGAGUGAGCUGGAUGAGGAGAAAGGCAAAACACUUGAAGAAAUCUCACAAAUGGUAGUACAAUUAACCAACACAAUUGCAGAGAAGAAAAGCAAUUUGGCUCCGGUUAUUAAAGAACUGAGGCCUUUAAGGCAGCAGUGUCAGGAAUUGACUGUCACACACGAGGAGAGAAAAGCAGCUUACGAUUCUACGUUAGCUGGAUUAGAAAGCAAUUCUUCAAAACUGGAGCAGGAAGUGAAGGCUUACAGAGAAGAGAGCAUGCAGGAGGAGAGUAGAUACCACUACAUUCAAGCAAUGAUCAAAAUAAUGGAAGGACAGCAGAAGAAAAUUGCUGAUGAAGUGAAAUCGUAUGUUUCAUCUGAUGGCGCUUCAAAGAAAUCUCUGAGGGAUCAAUAUACGCAAAAGAUCCAUGAACAGGAGAACCAUGGCAAGGCGCUUCGGGAGAAACAAAAGUCAGUACGUGACAAUCAUGUGCCAAGAAUGAAGCAAAUGAAAAUGUGGAAGGAUCUUGCUGAGAUUAUGAGGUGCAAGAAAGAGUGUGUUCUGAAAGACCAAAAUCUGGGGGCCCAGAAGCCAGCAGUGGCUGGUAUGGAGGUUGAAGACCGAUUAGUUCUAUCGUAAAAAUAACGAAACUGCACUGCAGAUAGAUUAAAGUUCGAACACUGAAUAUGUAACAUUUACAAAGCUAAGUAAAAUAUUAAAAUUAUAGCUUUUUCUUGUUAAUUUCACAUAGAGACAUUCUAAAUGCAAAUUUGUCGAUACUUGUUUGGCUUUCAAGUUUAUUCUUUUUUUCAAAAUAUUGUUGCAUCGAAA